AUGAAAGACAGUGAACUGUUCCGGGAGUACAAAGAUAACGCUACUAUUGUCUACCUGCCAAAUGGCGGAAUGAAUAUGACCCUCAAUAAUGGAACCACGGUUGCUCUGCCUUUCGGAGUGUUAUACACCAAUCGAGCUGAAGUUAUUACCACAUAUGCGCUUUGUGGUUUUGCAAACGUCGGAUCGAUUGGCAUCAUGUUGGGUUCCUUGGUAACUUUAGUGCCGCAACGCCGUAAGGAGUUGUCCGAGAUGAUACUGGGUGGAAUGGUUGGCGGAAAUAUCGCUUGCUACCUUACUGGGUGCUUUGCUGGUAAGCCCAAAUACAUUGUGUUGCUAUUUUUUACUUCGAAAUGUUUUGGUAUGUCUUAUUGGUAA